CUGUCCUUCCUCAGCAGACCGCCACCUGAGUACAGUGGAAGCGAGCAGUCGUGCCGCAAGUGCGACAAAGUAUUCAACAUCGUCUUUGCACACUCAUGCAAGUGCAACCACUGUGGAUACCUGUACUGCCAUUCAUGCAUGGACUUCCAGGCGCUGAUGCCCCACAGGGGCAACGGGCCAGGCUUUGAUGUCACCUCCGUGUGUGGGUUCUGCAUUGACAACCUGAUGAUCACUGCAGGCAGAAAGAGCUAUUUGCGAGAGCUCCGACCUUCAAAACUCAAGAAAUAUGUGGGCGACUAUAACAUCAAGAUCAGUGGGGUUGUUGAGAAGGAUGAUCUGAUCGAUGCGAUCAUUGCAGCGAGG